AAUCAGCAGAGCGCUAGCUGAAGUAAGCAGACAUGGCGGAUGUUGGUGCGGACGGGCAGAGCGAUGGCAGCAGCGACAGCGACGUGGCGGUGGUCGUGCCGCAGAAGGCGAAACGCCGCCGGAUUCUCCAGGGCACCGCCCCCAUCACCGCCUCGGUCUAUUCCAAUAAGGUGAACAGUUCUCUGAAGCUGAUGCCACAUAAUCUCAGUGCCCUGGCCCAGAUGGAGAAGGAGCUGCAGAAGAAGCAGGGCUGCGAGGACCUGGAGAGUGAAGUCCCCGUAGAGCCGCCUCCGCCUGUACCGCAAGCGAUCCUGUCUUAUGACCUGUCUGACUCUGAUGUCGAGAGGACUGUCCCAUGUGAAAGAAUACGCGACUCUUCUCCGUCUCCACCCCCCUCCCCAAAGACUCCAGUGAGGAAAAAGAGGAGAGGCAUGAACCGGAAGAUAAGGGAGAUGGAAGCCCGCCUGCAGGAUCUGGGCACCGUCCUGUCUCCAUUACGUAACUCCGCCAACGAUGACAACGACGUGAUUGUACUGGGGAGUAGUCCGCCGCCGGAGCUGACCAUAAAGGUGCGCCGCAGGGGGAAAAUCUUCAGGAUUAACAUACGACCGACGGACACCCUGCAGAGAUUGGUGGAGUCUGUGGCCUCACGGCUGGAGGUCGCCUCUUCACAGGUCUUGCUGCUCCAUGGGGAUGAGGAACUGGAUAUUAAGGAGACGCCGCAAUCGCUGAACCUGACUGUGGCUGACAUCAUAGAUUGCGUGGUCCACUCCGCCUCCAGGGAGGAGGGAUCUGAUCAAGCCAAUGGGAAGAUCUGUCUGAAAGUCCAGGGGAAGGACAAGCAGUCCCACCUCAGCGUCGCCAUCGGGAUGAAUGAGCCACUCCAGUCCCUAAUGGAUCAGUACAAAGAUGCCAUGGGCCUCUCCAAAAAGGUCUGCUUCAUGUUUGAAGGGCAGAAGCUAAAGGGCAGGAGCACCCCUGCGGACCUCGGCCUGGAAAGCGAUGACAUCAUAGAAGCGUGGGCGUGAACAAGCCGGCCAUAUUUCUGCAAUACUUGCACAUAAAAUGGGAACUGUGGCCAUAUAGGUGACAAGUCACCAGUAUAUUCAAGAUGGCUGCUGUGGGGCCUGGACAGAGGCAUCUUCUAACCUGAGAAGUCGCUGUAUGUCGGCGCUGUCACCGGUCUCUGGUUCAGCCGCGGCUGGUAAUGUGAACUGUGUCCCAGAGACUCCAGGGACCCCCAAUUAAUUUAACUUUGUUUUUAGAAUCUAUUCAUUGGGGCUUCGUUUAGAAGGGGAGAGAAUUAUUUUUGCUACUUCGGCUUGUAUGUACUUCAAGGUUUUCAUAAAAUUUUUGGUAAUUAAUAAAAGGCCACGUGUGGAGCCUGUCAAUGUU